AUGGGACGUCCUCCUAAAAUUGUGAGCCAGGAGAAGAUCGAAAGGUUCCAAUUAGAAUUGGAAUUGGCGGGCCAAGAUGCUGAGUUGUUGCUCAAGGACAAGAAAGGCCGAUCAAGAUCAUGUUUACUGUGCCAGCGUCGGAAAAGACGUUGUGAUCACAAGAUGCCAAGCUGCACGGCUUGCCUGAAAGCUGGUGUGAAGUGCAUUCAACCUGCAAAGUACGUAAACAAGUUUUCAUCCGCCGAUGUGUCUUCGGAGUCUCCUCAGCCGCCGCCACCAACAAGUACAUACAGUCCACCCUCCGUCUCAAAACACAGCGUUGCAAAGCCUACGAAAGAUGAGUACACCAAGUUUCUUGAGAAGAAGCUCAAAUACCUGGAAAAAAUGCUUGACAUGUCACCAAGUGGCCAGUCAUUCAAAAAUAGGCUCGCCAACUACAAGCGUAUCUCGCAUCUCAUGGAAGGUCCAGCACUCGACGGACUAGCCAACCCAGAACUAAAAACAGCCAAUAGCAGCGUUUGCGCGCCGGCUUCUCAGUUUUCCAUUCCAGCUCCCCUCUCGUCUGCCACAUCUUCUCCAAUAUUGCCGCCACCUCAAACUGUCAAGUUUUUCCCAUUACAGCCAGAGCCUCACUCUAAUGGGAAAACUCCUAUGAGUAAUCAUGCUAAUAAUUCGCUUGCUGCGCUUACCUCCGAUAGUUUGGACUCGAUCGAUUUUUCACAGUGUAUUUUCGCUAAAUACAAUCUGCGAGACUUCUUGUCAUACGACCCAGCAUUCGAGUUCGAGGAGCAGCUUUCUCGAGCAUUUCUUGACACUUAUUUCACCAGGCUUCAAUUCAAGUAUCCCUUGCUAGAUGAGCACGAGGUCUACUUAUUCCACGACGACUAUAUUACUAACAGUGUACAUUCCUACUCGACGAAAGAGUUUCAUUUUGCCUGUGGCAGAAUGUGGCUCGUCUUCAGUAUCAGUGCAUGUCUCCACAUGUCUGCAGGCAAAUAUCGCGGAUUGCCACCUAAUAGGUACUUCUCUACAGCAAUUCGUCACAUUACCAAGUGCGGAAGCGAUCUUUCCUAUAUUCAGCGAGUAGAGGUUCUCACGCUGUUGGUGUUGUAUAUUAUAAGAACUGACCGAGACUCGAGUGGGCUUUACGAGAUAAUCAAAGACGUCAUGUCUAUUUGCAAGGACAAAUUACACUUGAAUAAAUGGAAUCAGAAGGACAUUUUUGCGAGUAAGAAGCUAAGGCUGUUUUGGUGCGUAUACCUUUUGGAAAGAAUGAUUUGUGUUGCAGUUGGGAAGCCCUACACUAUUGCCGAAUCUGACAUAGAUUUACCAUUAUUUGACGAAGCCAGUUUCAACAACAGCCUAGUGAAUGACCAGAAGAGACAUAAAAGGGGGGUUCAUUUCAUUAAUCAGUCGCUAGAACUAAGGCGCAUAGAAUCUCGAUUUGUCGAAGGACUACGGAUUAUUUCACAAAUUCCCAGCCAAACUCUCGAAAAUCACAAGGAAACGGCAGAGCUGGUAAAGCAACUACCACAAGUAAGGGGUUACUUUCACGACUUGGAAAUCUGGAGAUCAAACUGUUCUAUUUCGCAUGUGCUUAACUUUGAAAACGAGACGCUAAAGCUCUAUUACUUCAGAUCUGUCAGAUUACUUAUUCAGCCAUACCUUGAGCUUUUAGAGCCCGAAAAUAGAUUGUUUCGAGAAUGCCAAGCAGCUGCAGGUCAGAUUUGCCAGCUCUAUAAGAUUUUUCACAAGAAAACAGUUUAUGGACAUUCCACGCCUGCUGUACACACUGUUUUUGUUGCCGGUGUAACUCUCAUUUACUGUAUGUGGCUAACCAGAAAUCUUGAUGACGAAAGGCGAAGGAAACUGGGUGAUGUCUCCAAGCACACUAGACCGCUAGUGAGUGCCAGUUUGUUCUCAACUAUGGACGAUCUUAGAGCUUGCUCGGUCUGUUUGUAUGUGAUGGCAGAAAGGUCGAAGUUUGCCUUAACUUUCAGAGACACCUUUGACCAGUUAAUGAAUGCAACUAUUGGGAAUCUAAUUGAAAGAUGCGGGCCCGAUUCUUCGGAGCUUAUUUACAUCAAUGAAAGCCAAAGUGAAUAUGAGAUAUCAUUCGACGGCCACUCAGAAAAAUCAGACCGGACAUCCUCGCAUGAGGGCCCAUUGCGUAGCCAAGAGGGAAUGCCCCCUGCUGUCAAACGUACGUUUGGCACGUCCUCAAACAAUUUACACGUCGGGUUUGUGGAAAACUCUCAAGUCGACCCCGAGGAGCAGAAAGUUCUCAAGAAGAAACAAGGUGAUUUACAGAAAGCUACCGUCCCACAAAAGUUGUCUCACCUUUUGGGUCCCCACAAUGAGGAAGACGAUAUCAAGAGUCCAAGUCAAAUCGUGAGACGUAAGUCCAGCGCUUCUGGCAAGCAUCAAGCUGAAAAGGAUAAAUAUUUUGUCAAGAAGCCAGCUCACAUAACACAAUCUGACUGGAAAGCCUUCCAGCAGCAAGCAUUUUUGCAACAGCACCACGCCCAGCAAACUUUACAAGCUUACUUGUCGUCAUUAAAUGGCAAAUUGGAUGAAAGAAAUAGAGAAGCUAACGUUGGCCCCAAUAGAUUGCCUGCGAGUCCAGAUGGAGUAGAACUUACGCGCGAACCAUCUGCUUCUUUCAUUAAGACAGGGGAAGCAAUUCCAAUUGAGUCUGCCGAACUGAACUCUCAGUCUUGGCCAAGGCAAAUAAGAGAUGCAGAAACAGAUGCGAACAAAACUUUUCCAAUCGCCACAACAGCUGAAGCGCCGAUGCGGACUGCAAUUCACACCUUUCCAUCUGCUGCUUCAAUGCAUCGACCUAUUGAUGGGUUCAAGAGCACAGACGUGGACUAUAGUGGGAUUCUAUUCAACAACGGAACCCAUAAUAUGAUCAACAACAUCUCUACAUGGACAAACGAUUCAGUGGUUGAUCUCAUAAAUAACUCCCAGGUUGAUCAAAAUUCGGAAGCCAAUGGCCCGCAGUUUGAUACAUCGGCCCGCAGUAACGACGUCCUUUCGUACAACGUUCCGAAACUGCCGGCAGGCAUCACUCACUGGAAACAGAACCAAAUUAAUCUACCAACAGACGUUCCUAAUAUAGUGCCAGUACAACAACUGCACCAAAAUCAACAGCUGCCUCAACAGCUACCGCAACAGCUACCGCAACAGCUGCACCCCGAGCAGCAACAACAACCGCAACGGCAGCAGGAGCAGCAACAUCUCAACCUCCAACAACCACAGCACCAAAACUCUCAUCUUUACCGCUACUCUUCGCAGCCUGCUAGAGGGUACCUCCAGUCAGACACAGUCUUGGAAGCACCUGUCGAGGACUUUUGGACGGUGAAUGACGAUUACGGGUUUCUCGCGUAG